AUGUGGAAGUCUGUAGUAGGGCAUGAUGUAUCUGUUUCCGUGGAGACCCAGGGGGAUGACUGGGACACUGACCCUGACUUUGUGAAUGACAUCUCUGAGAAGGAGCAACGGUGGGGAGCCAAGACCAUCGAGGGUUCUGGGCGCACAGAACACAUCAACAUCCACCAGCUGAGGAACAAAGUUUCAGAGGAGCAUGAUGUUCUCAAGAAGAAAGAGAUGGAGUCAGGGCCCAAGGCGUCUCAUGGCUAUGGAGGCCGGUUUGGGGUAGAACGAGACCGAAUGGACAAGAGUGCGGUGGGCCAUGAAUAUGUUGCUGAGGUAGAGAAACAUUCUUCUCAGACUGAUGCUGCCAGAGGCUUUGGGGGCAAAUAUGGAGUUGAGAGAGACAGGGCAGACAAGUCAGCAGUUGGCUUUGAUUACAAAGGAGAAGUGGAGAAGCACACAUCUCAAAAAGAUUACUCCCGUGGCUUCGGUGGCCGUUAUGGUGUGGAGAAGGAUAAACGAGACAAGGCAGCCCUAGGGUAUGACUACAAGGGAGAGACCGAGAAACACGAGUCUCAGAGAGAUUAUGCCAAGGGCUUUGGUGGCCAGUAUGGGAUCCAGAAGGACCGAGUAGAUAAGAGUGCUGUUGGCUUCAAUGAAAUGCAAGCUCCAACCACAGCUUAUAAGAAGACGACACCCAUAGAGGCUGCUUCUAGUGGCGCCCGUGGACUGAAGGCAAAAUUUGAGUCCAUGGCUGAGGAGAAGAGGAAGCUGGAAGAAGAAGAAAAGGCAAAGCAGAUGGCCAGGAAACAACAGGAGCGAAAGCCUGUGGUAAAGAUGAGCCAUGAGGCUCAGCCACCAGAGGUGAUUGUGGAAGAGCCAGUGGUGCCAGCUCCAUUGCCCAAGAAAAUCUCCUCAGCAGCCUGGCCUCCAGCAGGGACUUGUUCGUCUUCAAAGCCUGAGCCUGUGAGCACCGGCAGGGACCUCCCAGUGCCCUCCCUGCCCUCGAGGCAGAAUCCCCUAGAGGACAAUGAGGAACCUCCAGCUCUGCCCCCCAGGACUCUGGAAGGUCUCCAGCUGAAAGAAGAACCGAUCUAUGAAGCAGAACCUAUGCCCGAACCUGAGACUGAGAAUGACUAUGAGGAUGUUGAGAACAUGGACAGGCAUGAGCAGGAUGAGGCAGACGGGGACUAUGAGGACACAGAGAGCAUGGACAGGCAUAAGCAGGAUGAUGAUGCAGAGGGAGACUACGAGGAUGUAAUUGAGCCUGAGAAUCCUCCUUUUUCCUCUGCUCUUGCUGGAUCACCAGGCCACCUGGCUGGGGUUUCCAGGAUCUCAGCUGUAGCCCUGUAUGAUUACCAAGGAGAGGGAAGUGAUGAGAUUUCUUUUGAUCCAGAUGACAUCAUCACUGACAUUGAGAUGGUGGAUGAGGGCUGGUGGCGGGGACAUUGCCAUGGCCACUUCGGACUCUUCCCUGCGAAUUAUGUCAAGCUCCUGUAG